CGCCUUUCGGACGAGUACUGACUGUUGAUCGCAGAUUGUUGUGAUUUCAAUAGUUUAAUAAUCUAUUCAUGUAUCGAAAUAAACCUGUGAAGGGAUUCAUAUCCCCUUUGAUCGUUCAACAACAAACGAACACCGAGGAAUGUAGUGAAAAUGAGAUAUCCGCGUGUCAGGAAAAAGCGCCAAGCGAUUUAGUGAAAAAGUCUAUCCGGAGCAACUCUCAAGUGUUGCAUUUGUUCAAAAAUGUAACUCAAAAAGAUGAGAUUGGAUGCGGUAAUAUCGAGAACGUGGAAAAUAAUUCAUCGAGGAAACGAAAUGCUAAUUCUCCACUAUGCGAAAAGAAAAUAUCGAUCACUGAUUCCUCCCAAACAGUAACAAAAAUUGUUUUUAACGUGGUGUACAGCAAGGUAACUUCGAAAAAACACAAAACAUGGGAUGAUGAUGGUUUACUAGAAGUAACUGGAAAAAAUGCAAUUCUUAAGAAUUCAGAUGGUAUUAUUAUAGGAAGAACUACAAUUAGUCCAAAUAAUAUGGCAGAAGGCUGUAAAUUAAUUAUAGGAAGCAAACAAGUAGAGGAUUUGGAUGAUAAUGUUAUUGGAAGAACUACAAUUAAUCCAAGUAAUGCAGUAGAAGGAACCAGAUUAAUUAUAGGGAACAAACAAGUAGAGAUUAUAGAGCAACUGUCACAAGAACUAUCUUCUUCAGAGAAGAAUCUUAAGAAAAUAGUAGAGGAAUUAUCAAAGAAUAAGUUUAAAGCGUCUUCCGCACAUACAUUUAUGCCCUUGUUUUCAUCCACAAAAGGAUUAGCAUUAAAUAGUGAACCUUUAGUGAUGCCUUAUUUGAAUUCUACUGAAUCGAUGAAUCAAGAAGAACAGGAAAUCUUGGUUGAUUCCUGUUUAGUAGCAAAACUUAGAGAGCAUCAACGCCAUGGAAUUGUGUUUCUUUAUGAAUGUUUAAUGGGACUAAAAGUACCAAAUUAUUUUGGUGCAAUCUUGGCUGAUGAAAUGGGUCUUGGUAAAACCUUACAAUGUAUCACAUUAAUUUGGACAAUGUUGAAGAAAGGCCCAUAUGGCAAACCGAUUAUAAAACGAGUAUUAAUAGUAACACCUAGUAGCUUGUGUAACAAUUGGGAAAAGGAAUUUGUAAAAUGGUUAGGCUGUCACAGAAUACUUCCAUAUGUUAUAAGUGGAAAAAAUAAGCCUAAAGAUUUUAUAAAAUAUCCAAGAAAUUCGGUCAUGAUUAUUAGUUAUGAAAUGUUCAUUAAAUGUACAGAAAUUAAUGAAAUAGCCUUCGAUUUGAUUGUGUGUGAUGAAGGCCACAGAUUAAAAAAUAGCAAUAUUAAAGCAGCAAAAAUGUUAAACGAGAUAAAUUGUAAGAAACGAAUUGUUCUAACGGGUACGCCCAUACAAAAUGAUUUGAAAGAAUUUUAUGCACUGAUCGAUUUUGUUAAUCCUGGCAUUCUUGGCACAUCUAAUGAAUACAAGAGUUAUUACGAGGAACCUAUUGUCGCAGCGCAGUGUUCUUCUGCCGAUGAUGAUAUUCUUAGUCUGGGAAAUGAAAGAUCCGCAGAAUUAUAUAAACGCACCAAAUCUUUCAUUUUAAGACGUUCGCAAAAAGCGAUAAACAAAUAUCUACCAUCUAAAUAUGAAGUAGUCUUAUUUUGCUCUUUAACUAAGAAACAAAAAGAUUUAUAUUCUCUUAUUAUUGAUGCUUGGUUCAACAAAAUUUGUCUAGAAGACAAAAGUAACAUACAUUUAUCUAUCAUUACUGCUCUUAAAAAAAUUUGCAAUCAUCCAAAUCUGUUCCUAAAUGAAGAAGAGAAAGCAUAUGACAUUUUGUCAAAAGUAUAUAUAUCGCAAAUAAAACGAGAUGAAAAUUUUACAGAGUAUUGUGGAAAAAUCACAAUUGUACAGACAUUAAUGAGAAAUUUGAAAAAGACUGACGAGAAGUUGGUGUUAGUUUCCUAUUACACACAGACUCUUGAUCUCCUUGAAACUAUAUGCAACAUGGAAAGAUUAAAAUUCUUAAGAUUAGAUGGUGCUACUUCAAGUACUAUACGAUUGAAAAUUAUCGAACAAUUUAAUACGCAAACCGAUAAUAGCAAAGUUCUAUUGCUAAGUGCAAAAGCAGGUGGUGUUGGCUUGAAUUUACCUGGAGCAUCUAGACUUGUUUUAUUUGAUUCUGAUUGGAAUCCUGCAUCUGAUAUGCAAGCAAUGGCAAGGAUUUGGAGAGAUGGACAAAAGAGGAAUGUCUACAUUUAUAGAUUAUUAACUACAGGUACGAUAGAAGAAAAAAUAUAUCAAAGACAAAUUAGCAAAGCCAAUCUGAGUGAGACUGUAGUGGAUCUGAAUUACCUUGGAUCUCUAAAAUUAUCUACUGCAGAGCUAAAGGAUUUAUUUACGUUGGCAAGUGAUACAAUUUCGUUAACACAUGAUUUAAUGAAUUGUUCUUGUUCUGGUAAGAAUGAACAUAUACUUUCCAAAGAAUUAAAAGAAAAAAAUAAUGAGACACGAGACUGUCAAUUUAUACUGUAUGAGAAACCAUCUCAGCAAAAUUUAACUAUAAAUCAGCUUCGAGAUUGGCAGCAUUACAAACAGCCAAUUCCAUCCGACAUUAUGCAGGUAAUAAACUGUUUAGUUUGA